AUGGCAGAGAAUCAAACGGUCAUUACGGACUUCAUCCUGCUUGAUUUUCCAGAACUGAAUCAGCUGGAGCAUUUCAUGGGACUCUUCCUCCUUGCAUCCUACCUGCUCACCUUAUCUGGCAACAUCAUGAUAAUCAUGAUCAUCAUUCGUGAUCAUCAUCUACACACACCCAUGUAUUUCUUCUUAUGGAACCUUUCCUGCUUAGAGAUCCUAAUUACAACCACUGUAGUGACAAAAGUGCUGGUGAGCCUUUUACUAGGUUUCAAAACAAUUUCAUAUCCAGCUUGCAUUGCCCAGUGCUAUUUUUUCUUCUUGGUAAGUAGUGAUUUUCUCCUAUUAGCGGUCAUGUCAUAUGACCGCUACGUGGCCAUUUGUAAUCCAUUGCGCUACGCAGCUAUUAUGAGUACUCAGCUCUGUCUGUGGCUAGUUGUUGGAUCUUGUGCUGCUGGCUUUUUGGCUACCAUCCUCCCCACCAUCCUGGUUAUAAAUCUACCUUUUUGUCAUAGCAAUCAUAUCGAUCACUUUUUCUGUGACAGUCUGGCCUUGUUUAAAUUGGCUUGCACUGACACUAGCCUUGUAGAGCUAGUCAGUUUCUUCUCAUCCUUAACUGUCGUGGGAACCUUUAUUUUCACAGUGGUGUCCUACGCUUACAUAGUAAAAACCAUUAUCAAGAUCCCAUCUGCCUCUGGGCGUCACAAGGCAUUCUCCACCUGCUCCUCCCACUUCAUCAUUGUCAGUCUUGGCUAUGGCAGAUGCAUCUUCAUGUAUGUACGACCCUCAGGCAGCAACCCUUCAAUUAAUAAGGUUGUCUCUUUGAUCAAUACUGUGUUGACACCUUUACUGAGUCCGUUCAUCUUCAGUCUGAGAAAUCAGCAGGUGAAGGAUGCUGUCAAGGCAGUUUUUAGUAAGCAUGCAGUCUACUUCAGGAAUAACCCAAAGCUGGGAUAUGGGUUUUCAAAGAGAUGA